CGCGAUGUCCCCGCUCCUCUGCAGAGCCUGGAACUGAAGCUGCCGUCCUUUUCCGUGUUGGAUUUGGUGUCCACCUUCUGCAACGACAUCGUCAGCUCUGCCCAGAGCUUCAUCUCCUCCACCUGGACCUUCUACCUGCAGGCGGACGAUGGCAAGGUCGUGGUGUUUCAGUCCCAGCCUGAGAUGGAAUACCCAGCACCCGAGGCUCUGGAGAUGCAACCAGCACAGCCGGGAUCGGGAUCGGGAUCGGGGUCCAGCCCUCGCCUCCCCCAGCCCCACACAGGCUCCCGGGUGAACGGGGACAAACCCCCCGUGAAGGAGGCGCGGGGCAAAGGCAAGGCGCGCCCCGCGGAGCCCCCGCAGCAGGAGCACGAUUUCCUGGGCUGCAUGUCCAAGCGCUCGGGCCUUCCUCGCUGGAUCCUGGCCGCCUGCCUCUUCCUCUCCAUCAUGGUGAUGCUGUGGCUCAGCUGUGCCAGCCUGGUGACCGCGCCCGAGCAGCACGUCAAGACCCAGCCGCUGAGCAUCAACGGGGACAAGGAGUACCUGGAGGACCUGGAGGGCCCCGGCGCGUUCCCGCUGCCGCCGGUCAUCGCCGUCACCCUGUGCCCCGCGCACGGCGGGGAGGACGCGGGGCCGCUGCCGCUCAAGGUCGACCUGGACAAGACCAUCCUGUAGCGCUCC